AUGUGCCAUUUUACAGUAUUAUUUUGUUGUCUUCUUGUCUUGAACGACAUGAAAAUCCCUUCUUUACAAGUGAUGCGAUUCAGAUCUGAUGACCAACCAGUGGAUUUUCAAAAAAUGCUGGAAGAAAUGAAUGAUGUUGAUCGUGAUACUGGCGAACGACUACGACGACAUCUCCAGUUUUUCUUCAUGAAUCCUCUUGAAAAAUGGAGGAUACGACGUCAGUUUCCCUACAAAUUAACAUUACAAGUACUAAAAAUAAUCUUUGUAACUUGUCAACUAAUCUUAUUUGCCGAGAUGAGAAUGUCUCAUGUUGAUUUCAUGGAAGAUACAAAUACGGUUAUGCGACACAAGUUUUUAAAGGAUUGGAAUGAUGAUAGAGAUGCUCUACAAUAUCCACCAGCUGAAGGCAGGUAUUCAGUCUAUGAUGGCAAGGGGAUCUUCGAGCAUCUUGCUUUCAUAGUCGAUUCGUAUUACUCUCUACAAACGGAUUCCUUUGCCUCAUUCAGCUAUGAUGUACAGAAGGCUCCAAAAUUUGAUGAUCUUAGACACUUCGAGAAUAUUCCAUACCUUCAGGUCUGCGUCGAUAGGAUUAAUAAUGUUACUAUUAACAAUAACACUUACGAAUUCGAUAUAACAGAAAUACACGGUAAGGUGGAAAGAUUUCCUCAUUUUCAAUCUUCUUCUAGACUAAGAACGAUUCACUUCAGUCCCAAAUCUGGUGAUCAGAAACCGGAAUGCUACAAAGUUGCUGUAUCGAUCAUUUUCGAUAACUCUCGUCACACCGGACAAGUGCAUGUCUUGCUCUCGACCAUUAUUUCCUACGUUAAUGUUUGUAAUGGGAGAGUCAUUAAAGGUAUCUCUAGAGUUGGGCUAGGUUUGGACACAUUGGUCGUGGGCGUCACCGACAUAAUCGUGUUGCUAUUGUGCAUAUUUUCGUUGGUGCUCUGCUUCAGAGCUCUAAUCAAAGCUCAUCUACUUAAAAACAAAACAGUAGAGUAUUUCGAAGGUAUGUUCAAAACAAAAGUCUCCGUUUGUGAUCAACUGGACUUUCUCAAUUUGUGGUAUGUCAUGAUAGUUAUUAACGACGUCCUCAUUAUUGUUGGAACUGUCAGUAAAAUCUCAAUAGAAUUUAGGGACUUCGACAAUUCAAUUUUUACACUUACUGGGAUUCUGUUAGGAAUGGGUGCACUGCUAGUUUAUGUUGGUGUAUUGAGGUAUUUCGGCUUCUUCAAUCAGUAUAAUAUCUUGAUUCUCACGAUGAAGAAAUCGAUUCCAAAUAUGGCAAGAUUUAUGACAUGUGUUAUUGUUUUGUACGUUGGAUUUCUAAUUGCUGGAUGGGUUAUUAUUGGUCCUUACAGUAUGAAGUUCCGAACUCUUCGAGAAUCAUCUGAGGCGUUGUUUUCGUUAAUGAAUGGGGAUGAUAUGUUUGCAACUUUUUAUACUAUUAACGACUCAAACACUACUAUAAAGGUGUUUGGAACUGUAUACAUCUACUGUUUUGUGUCGAUGUUUAUCUACGUUGUGUUAUCCUUGUUCAUAGCUAUAAUUAUGGAUGCGUACGAGGUUGUUAAGGAUCGCUAUUGUUACGGGAUAUAUAUGGAGCGUUCAACCCUCAAAGAUUUUAUGGCAACCAUGCCGUUUCCUGAGCCAAAUUCACCAACAGCGCAGGAGCAAUUCGCCCCACAGGCACUUUUGAAUCUCGGUCGGUAG